UCCCCUUCGUGCAGGAGGUUUUGCAACCUCGCUUCCUCCCGGGGCAGCAUAAAGCGGCGCCUCGGGACCGGGGCGGCCGGCACAGGCAGGAUGGACACCAUCUCCUUCAACGGGGACCUCUCGGAUUUACUCUACAACUACACCUAUGACUACAGCACGGCCCUGCCCGACACCGCCAUCUCCUCGUCCCCCUGCCGGCCCGACGGCUCCGUCCUCAACAAGUACCUGGUGGUCUUCAUCUACUGCCUCGUCUUCAUCCUCAGCGUGGUGGGCAACGGGCUGGUGGUGCUGGUGGUCACCUCCAGCCACGUGAACCGCUCCGUCACCGACGUCUACCUGCUCAACCUGGCCGUGGCCGACCUGCUCUUCGCCCUCACCCUGCCCCUCUGGGCCGCCUACCGGGCCCACGAGUGGGUGUUCGGCACGGUGAUGUGCAAGGCCAUCUCGGUGCUGCAGGAGGCCAACUUCUACAGCGGCAUCCUGCUGCUGGCCUGCAUCAGCGUGGACCGCUACCUGGCCAUCGUCUACGCCACCCGCGCCGCCACCGAGAAGAGGCACUGGGUGAAGUUCGUCUGCCUGGGCAUCUGGGUCUUCUCCGUGCUGCUCUCCCUGCCCGUGCUGCUGUUCCGCGAGGCCUUCGUCUCGCCCAGCAACGGCACGGUGUGCUACGAGCGCAUCCGCGGCGAGGACACGGCCAAGUGGCGCGUGGUGCUGCGGGUGCUGCCGCAGACCUUCGGCUUCGCCCUGCCCCUCCUGGUCAUGCUCUUCUGCUACGGCGUCACCGUGCACACCCUCCUGCAGACCAAGAACGCCCAGCGGCAGCGGGCCAUGAAGGUCAUCCUGGCCGUGGUGCUGGUCUUCCUCGUCUGCUGGCUGCCCUACAACAUCACGCUGGUGAGCGACACCCUCAUGAGGACGCGGGCCAUCGCCGAGACCUGCGAGCGCAGGAACCACAUCGACACGGCCCUCUCCGUCACGCAGGUGCUGGGCUUCGCCCACAGCUGCCUCAACCCCAUCAUCUACGCCUUCAUCGGGCAGAAGUUCCGCAACAGCUUCCUCAAGAUCCUGGCGCAGCGCGGCCUCAUCAGCAAGGACGCCGUGGCCCGCUACGGCCGCGCCUCGUACGCCUCCACCUCCGGCAACACCUCCACCACCCUCUGA